AUGAACUCUGGAAAGUUAAUUCAGAGUAAGGUGCAGGAGACAUCUGCCGAGCUGAAGUCUCUGUUUAAUGGAGAAACGGAAUCUGCAGCCGAUCGAAUUCGGCGUCUUCAGAUUAUGAGUGAUAUAAAUUAUGGAAUCGAUAAGAAUUUCACUGAAAAAGAGACUGCGGAAGAACCGCUGGGAGAUUUAUAUGAUUAUGACUCCUAUUUGGAAGAGAAAGAAAAGAAAGAAGAGCAGGAAGAGAAAAAGACAAAAGUGAAGAAACAAAGUAAAUAUAUUGCAAUUUUAAAGCAGCGCGCUGAAGAGCGAAAACGAGAAAUGGAUAUCAUCUACGAAAAAAAUCGAAUCAAAGAAAGAGAGAAGGAGGAUGCACUCUACGCAGGGAAAGAAAAGUUCAUCACGUCCGCUUACAAGAGAAAGCUGGAAGCGGAUCGCAAAUGGAUGGAGGAAGUGAGAAAGAAAGAAUUGGCGAAGGGAAACAAGGGUCGCUUCCUCGCCAACAUGAUGAACUCACGCGCUGACGAAACAGAGGAAACGGUGGAAACGGUGGAAACGAUGGGAACUGGAGAAGCGAAAGGAAAAGUGGAAAGCAAAAACGAAGAUAAGGCGAAGGCAGCAUUAGGGAAUGCGAAAAAGGAGGAGGAGGUGGAUAACGAUGACGAGUUCGAUGGAUUCAUUUUGCGAGGGAGAUAG